UUACAGUGUUCAAAUUUUCUUUUAGAAUUCCUAAAUUUAGCCUUGAUUAAUUAUUAUUUAUCAUCUUUCGAAAUUACCAAUGACGCGGUUCUUCAGGGGUUCAUUUUGAAUUCUCGAGGCCUGAAGCUUCUCACCUGCAGGUGGCUUCCGGCGAAUCGAGAACCAAAAGCCCUGCUCUUCAUUUGCCAUGGCUAUGCCAUGGAAUGCAGCAUCACCAUGGAAAGUGCUGCAAUGCUGCUUGUAAAGGCGGGUUUUGCAGUGUAUGGGAUUGAUUAUGAAGGCCAUGGAAAAUCAGGUGGUCUGCAGGGCUAUGUCCAUAACUUUGAUAAUCUCGUUGAAGACUGUUGUAAACAUUUUACAGGAAUGUGUGAGAGGGAAGAUAACAAGGGGAAAAUGAGAUAUUUGUUGGGCGAGUCAAUGGGCGGAGCCAUGGCUCUUCUUUUACACAGAAAGAAACCAGACUUCUGGCAUGGUGCAAUCCUGGUUGCCCCCAUGUGCAAGAUUGCAGAUGAAAUGAGGCCACAUCCUUUGAUGAUGUCCGUUUUAAAUAUGGUCACCAAGUUGGCUCCGCAAUGGAAGUUGAACCAAAAUCAAGAUAUUGUCGAUGUUGCUUUUAAAGAGCCUCAAGUAAGACAGCAGAUUAGAGAAAACAAAUAUUGCUACAAAGGGCCGGCUUUCUUGAAAACUGGCUACGAACUUGCGAGAGUUAGCACAGAUCUUGAGAAGAGGCUGCAUGAGGUGACAUUGCCGUUUCUGGUUCUCCACGGCGAGGACGAUAAGGUGAUUGAUAAAAAUGUGAGCCAGCAACUGUACAAAGUUGCAGCGAGCCAAGACAAGACCCUGAAGCUGUACCCAGGAAUGUGGCACAGUUUGCUCUAUGGAGAGCCACAGGAUAAUAUCGACAUUGUAUUCAAAGACAUUAUCAGCUGGUUAGACAAAAGGUGUUCCAAAGCAAAUUCAACAUUGUAGAAGAGUUUUGAGUUUCUUUUAGGCCCUUGACUCAGAAACAACAGCAACAAUUUACCUUAUUGUAUAUUUUCAGUUUUGAAGAAGAUUUAGGUUUCUAUAAAAAGUUUAUAACAUCAAUAACAAUGGAGAUGAUUCAAGUC